AUGAUCGGAAAUAGUUUUGCUAAUGGAGAAAACUAUGUUUCUUCAUCUAAUACAAAUAAAAGUGAUAUAUUCAAUGAACCUGAAAAAAAAAUUAUAGUCUAUGAAAGUCAAAUAGCAGAGGAUUCUCCCAUCCCUCCUGCUACUUCUACUGAUAAUACCAAACAUCACUCAGCUUUCUAUAGUUUUUGGAGGUUCAUCGCAAAUUUUUCUCAGAAAAUUGAUUCAUUAGGUAUGAUUGAAUCUACAGGUAUUGAAAGAAUCCCAUCUUAUCAAAGAGGUACUAAAAAAACUCAAUUUCUACAUGUUUUGGGAUUUUGGAUAUCAGCCAGUGGUGGGUUAUCUUCCAUGUCUUCCUUCUUUUUAGGUCCCUUACUAUUCGGUUUAACUUUUAAGCAAAGUGUUGUUAGUGGCUGGAUUUCCAUGAUGAUUGGUUGUUUAAUUGCUGCUUAUUGUUCUAUAAUGGGUCCUCAAUCAGGGUGUAGGCAAAUGGUUACCGCUAGAUAUUUAUUCGGCUGGUAUUUUGUUAAAUUUGUUGCUUUAGUUUCUAUUAUUGGGGUUUUAGGUUGGAGUGUUGUUAACUGUGUUGUUGGUGGUGAAAUGUUGGCCAGUAUUGGAAAUGUCCCUAUAUGGGUUGGUAUUGUCAUCGUUACUUGUGUUAGUAUUGUCGUCGCUAUUUGCGGUAUCAAACAGGUUUUAAGAGUUGAAAUGUACCUCAGCAUACCAGUCAUGACAGUUUUCACAUUGUUAUUUAUAUCUGGUAGCGAUAAAUUCCACUUAAUUAACGAAUACAAACCAACCUCAGAUACCUCUAUAAAGGGCAAUUGGUUGUGCUUUUUUUCCUUGUGUUAUAGUAUUACAUCGACUUGGGGGUCAAUCACAUCAGAUUACUACAUUUUAUUUCCAGAAGAUACUCCUAAAAUACAUGUGUUUCUAUUAACAUUUUUUGGUCUUUUAAUACCAACUACAUAUGUUGGAUUAUUGGCUCUAUGCUUGGCCAGUACUGCCAUGAGCUACGAACCAUGGCUUAACAGUUACAAUGAAUAUGGGAUGGGUGGUAUGUUGUGGUCUGGUUUUCAACGUUGGAAUGGUUUUGGCAAAUUUUGCGUUGUAGUCUUGUUAUUAAGUUUAAUUUCUAACAAUAUCAUUAACACAUAUUCAGCCGCCUUUUCUGUUCAAUUGUCAAGUGUUCGUUUAGCCAAGAUUCCUCGUUGGUUUUGGGCGUUUGUUGUUACUGCAAUCUAUUUAAUUUGUGCUUUAGUUGGUAGAAAUCAUUUCAGUGACAUUUUAAGUAAUUUUUUACCAAUGAUCGGAUAUUGGAUCUCCAUGUAUUUUAUCCUUUUAUUUGAAGAAAAUGUUAUCUUUAGGAAACAUUUCUUAUAUUUGUACACCAGGGAGUUUCCAAAUUUAACGACAUCUAACACUUCACAAUUAAAACAAGCUUUAAAAUACCGUAAGGUUAGAUAUAAUUGGGAAGCAUGGGAAGAUGAUAAAGUUUUAACUAGAGGGUUGGCUGCAACGUUUGCCUUUAUAUGUGGUAUUGGGGGUGUUGCCAUUAGUAUGUCACAAACAUAUUGGAUUGGACCUGUUGCUGUUAAAUUGGACAAUGGGGAUAUUGCUAUGUGGCUAAGUAUGGGUAUCUCUGGUUUAGUAUAUCCACCAUGUAGAUAUUUGGAAUUGAAAAAGUUUGGUCGUUAG